CUUCUUUGGGUAGAAAAGAGGCGGGAAAAUUAGAUAAACCCUAAAAGAGAGAGAGCAAGAAGUGAAAUUGAGAGAGCGAGAGAGAGAAGAAGGAGAGAGUGAAAGAGAUGAGUCAUAAUCAUCAUCAUCAAGCUGUUGAUAAUCUGAUAAAUGUUUUCUCAAGAGCUUCUCAUGAUCUUACAAUUGUUCAUUCCAAGCUCGACAAGGAGUUUCAGCAGCUUUAUCCUGAUAAUGCGAAUCCGAUGAAGCUGAUUCAGAGAAUCAAGAAGUUGCAGGAAGAUGUGACUCUUCUUAAAGACCAAUGUCUUGACCUAUUAUCCGCUAAACAGGAUUUGAUAGAUAAGGCACAGACCACACUUGUUGGAAAUUGCAACCUUAUUCAGAAAAUGAAUGUAUCUUUGGGAGAAUCAACGAAUGGCGAUGCCGAUGAUGCAUUGGCUGAUUUUAAUCAGAUCAUCGACGAGUGGACAAUGCAAGUUAGAUCCAGAACAGUGGGAGAGAUAGAGGAGGCAGAUAAAGAAGACAUCAAUAAGAUGCUUUUCUCAGCUAUUGUUCAUACCAAUUGAGGAUGUUCAUGUUUAUGGUUAUGUUCAGACCAAUAUCUGCAUAUAAUCGAAAUUGUGCUUUAGAUUUUGUAUCUAAGAUCAUUACAUAAUUUUACAAUA